AUGAUGAAUAUUAAUAUUCUAUUUAUCGUUAUUUGGUCUCUUUUGAACAUUUCAUCUGUUAUUCUUAGUAAAUCAUGUUCACGUGAAAAUAGUCGAAUUGUUCGUGAUUAUUUUAGAAAAGCACUUAGUUCAAUCUAUGAAAAACAUGAUUUAUCUAUUCCUGUUGAAUGUAUUUUUUCAUCAAAACGUGAUAUUUAUUAUCAUCAAGAAUUAAAUAAAAUUAAAAUAACAGACAAUCGAUGGUUAUGUCAAUAUUGUAAUAAACUAUUUUAUUCAGAAUAUUAUAUUGAUAUACAUAUGUCUAAUCGACAUAAUGAUACAUUAAUACAUGAUGAACAAUCUGUAUGUUUAUCGGAUUAUUGUUCAAUAUUUCGAUGUGAUGUUUUAAAAGGACCAAAAAAAUCUUUUCAAUCUAUUAAUAUAUUUACACGAAAUUCUGAUGUAACAAAAAGAAAAUCAAAAAAAAUUAUUAAUGAACAACAACUUACUAUUUUAAGAAGUCGAUGUGCAUCUAUUAUUAAUGAAUGUGUUCCACAUAAUAUUAAACAUGAUAUUCGUGUUAAAAUACAACGUAAGUGUUCAUCAUUACAUUACAAAUAUUUUUCUCAUUGA